AUGACCCCAGAGCUCAAGGGCUGUGAAGGGCAGUUUCACCAAUUGUUUAUGAGAAAAGACGAAGCACACGAGGUGCUGAAAGUCCAUAAACGUGCUAACUAUUUUCUGGAAGAGAUUCGUCCAGGGAACUUGGAGAGAGAAUGCAAUGAGGAAAAGUGUUCAUUUGAGGAGGCUAAGGAGAUCUUCCAUUCGCAGGAGAAAACGAUGGAGUUUUGGUUCAAUUACAAAGGUUUAAAUCCAUGUAGUACAAAUCCCUGUAACAAUGGUGGAGUCUGCAAAAUAAGACACUACAAUUAUUUCUGCAUUUGCCCCCCAAAAUUUGGAGGAGAGAACUGUGAAAAAGAAAAGUUUGAAUGCUGGUUCAAGAACGGCGGGUGCUGGCAGUACUGCAGGGACAGCAGCAGCGCCUUUCACGUGGUGUGUUCCUGCGCAAGGGAUUACACCCUUCAUGAGGACGGGAAGAGGUGCGUGCAAGCAGACAAGGGGACCUUAAAGGACGCCUUUGGGCAGAGCAUGCACGUGGAGGGUGAUGCUGGACAAACGGAAGUGGCGGGAGAUGCUUCCAGCUGGAAUGAGGCACUGGUGGCCUCUGUUACCCAGCAGCCGCCGGGGGAUGGUGCUGCUGGGCCGGAGGCGGGCGUCCCUGAGCAGGGUGAGGCAGCGGAGGGGAGCGCCGGGCCUGGCAAGCCCGGGAGAGGCCCGGCUCCCUGGAGUGGGCCGACCCGGGGCCCUGCGUGGCAGAGCGAGACCACAGCGCCUGCUGCCAGGCAGGAAGAAAUGAUGGAAAAUGCUGCUGGGCAAAACCAAACCGGGGAGAGCGCUGGCCAGAACAAAACAGGGGCUAUUCAAACCGUGCCGGAUGGGCUUAGGCAGAGCAGUGACUGGGGAAAUGUUUCAGACACGCCUCCAUUCGUCCAGAUAAACGUCAGCUCUACUUCAGAGCACAAUGACUCCAGAAUAACGGGAGGAACUUUGUGUCAUCGUGGGCAUUGCCCCUGGCAGGUUUUGAUCCGGAAUAGUAAAGAUAUUGGCUUCUGUGGAGGGAGUUUAAUCAGCAGUCGCUGGGUGGUCACUGCUGCUCACUGCCUUGAUCUCAUCAGACCACACCAUGUUACCGUAGGAGACUUUGACAAAUACCAAAGAGAAUUCAAAGAACAGAAGAUUGAUGUGGAACGGAGCUGGACACACCCACAUUAUGAUUCAAAUGACUACAACAGUGACAUCGCCUUGUUGUACUUGAGCAGUGACGUUAUUUUUAAUGAGUAUGUAAUUCCCAUCUGCCUUCCAAGCCCAAACCUCGCCACCCUGCUAUCUGAAGAAGGACGAACAGGGAUGGUAAGCGGGUGGGGUGCCACUCACGAGAGAGGUUCCACUCUGCGUUUCCUCAUGAAAGUCCGGCUGCCCAUUGUAAGCAUGGAGACCUGCCAGCGGUCAACAGACAGACUCAUCACUGACAACAUGUUCUGCGCAGGCUACAACACUGAAGUUGCAGACGCCUGCAAAGGGGACAGCGGUGGCCCUUUCACAGUGUCUUACCACAACACUUGGUUUCUCUUGGGGAUUGUAAGCUGGGGUGAGGGCUGUGCUGAAAAAGGAAAAUACGGUGUAUAUACGAGAGUAUCCAACUACAUCCCGUGGAUUAAAGAGAUUGUUGAAAGUGUAGCAGAUUCGGAAAACUCUACCAUUAACUUUUCUUAA